AUGAUGAGGAAUUUUCUCUGCAAAGGCCAUGCUAAUGGUCGGGGGCUAAAUCUUGUUAGCUGGAAGGUGUUGGUCACCCCUAAGAAGUUUGGUGGUCUGGAAAUUAGAGAUCUGUUUUGUGCUAAUGUUGCUCUUCUUGGGAUUGAAAGGGAAACUGGCAAGGUGGCUGCUUGGGAACAAUUGAGAACUGCAAUAUUCUUCAAGAAGAUUUAUCCCUUGGUACUUAAAGUCAUCGAUAUCAUGGCUUGGAAGUGGCGUAUUGAUUUUCACUUGAUCCUGAGAGAUGUAAACACCGUAGCAGACAUUAUGGCAAAGACGGCGAUGAGAUCACAGUCUCCGCAUAUCGAACUUUCACCAGUGCAAGCUAAGCACAAGAGUGCGAUUAAGAAAGACGAGCACAGAACAUUGGUGUCAGCAAACAGCGUGGGAAUAUACCAUGACCACUUCUACAUUUACCAUCUUGACCUUGACAUUGACGGCGUGGAGAACUCAUUUGAGCAGACUAACUUGAAGACAGUUAGAGUAACAGACGGAAGCUCCAAGGGAAAGAGUUAUUGGACCGUUGAGACCAAAACCGCCAACACCGAAUCGGACGGCAAGAUCACCAUCGGUAUGGCCCCUGCUGAGCUGGCAAUUGUGAACCCUAACAAGAAGACGGCAGUCGGAAAUGACGUGGGGUACCGUCUGAUUCCGGGAGCGACAGCUCAUCCCCUUCUGACGGAGGAUGACUACCCACAAAUCAGAGGCGCUUUCACAAACCACAAUGUUUGGGUCACUCCCUACAACAUAUCCCAAAAGUGGGCCGGUGGACUUUACGUUGACCAGAGCCGUGGAGAGGACACCUUGGCUGUUUGGACCCAACAGAAUAGAAAUAUUAAGAACAUGGACAUUGUGUUGUGGCACGUAGUGGGAAUUCAUCACGUUCCGGCUCAAGAAAACUUCCCAAUAAUGCCAUUUCUGAGCACCGGAUUUGAGCUGAGGUCAACCAAUUGCUUUGAGAGGAAUCUAGUUCUUAAGACCCUCUCUCCCAAUGAUGUUACAUGGCCUGGCUGCCCCAAGUAGAAUUGAAGAAGCACAUGCUAAUUGAAGUCUGAAGAUCUCAAUUACCGUGUUAGCUAUAGAGCCUAGAGGGACACAUUGCUAUGGGAAAAAG